AUGGGUCGUGCGAACCCCAACUUUACUAUUUGCAAUCAGAGUUCGCAAGCAGUCCCUAUGACCUCCGUAGGAUUUCCUGCAACUGUAGUUUCCAAUCUACCGAUUAGUCAAUCCCCUGUCGGUGGUACCGGUACUACAACCGAUAGAUUACAAGAUAUCAACAUAGACCAACAAUCAAUGUCUACAAACGAUUCACCGAUUGAUAUAGAAAACAAACAUGCAACCAGCUCCGAUUUUGCAAUUGGAAAUCAAAAUACAGUGAAUGUUCAUCACCAGGAAUUAAUCGAUCAUUCGGAAGACUUACUAGAGCCACCAGAAAGCAUGGAACUAUAG